GGAAAUGAUUGGCUUGAAUCUAACUUUGGACAACGCCCAUGGCGCGGCUGCAUUCAGUCCGCUGAAAGACGCCAUUUUGUCGUUAGCGGUGACGAGGAGAACAGGGAUAUUGUUGGAAAGCAGCACUGAAAAGAUCUGCCACCAUGGGGAACAUGUUUGCAGGCCUCUUUAAGAACCUCUUUGGGAAGAAAGAGAUGCGAAUCCUGAUGGUGGGUUUGGAUGCUGCUGGCAAAACCACCAUCCUGUACAAACUCAAACUGGGAGAGAUCGUCACCACCAUCCCCACUAUCGGUUUUAACGUAGAGACAGUAGAAUAUAAAAACAUUAGUUUCACGGUUUGGGACGUCGGCGGUCAGGAUAAGAUCCGGCCGCUGUGGAGGCACUACUUCCAGAACACACAAGGUCUGAUCUUCGUGGUGGACAGUAACGAUAGGGAGCGAGUGAACGAGGCGAGAGAGGAGUUGACGAGGAUGCUGGCUGAAGAUGAGCUCAGAGAUGCCGUGUUGCUCGUUUUCGCCAACAAACAGGAUCUGCCUAAUGCUAUGAACGCAGCAGAGAUCACAGAUAAACUGGGUCUGCACUCACUGCGGCACCGCAACUGGUACAUCCAGGCCACGUGCGCUACCAGCGGAGACGGGCUCUACGAAGGCCUUGACUGGCUCUCCAACCAGCUGAAAAACGCUAAAUGAUCCAUUCCACCCAGCUCUCUGCGCUCUGUGUGUGUGAGAUGUGUGUGUGUGUGUGCGCGUGCAUGUGUGUGUGCGGUGAGAAUGGCGGCGCUGGAUUUAGUCUCUCGGUCACCCACUUUAUCCAUCCCUUUCUUCUUUUGUUUGGUUCUGUAGACUUUAGAGGCUCUCCCCAGUGCUGACUUGUGUACACACAUACCAGAAUGGAAGUGUGUGUGAGUGAGAAGUGAGAGUGGGGGCAGCCCUGCUGUGCCUUUGGACGCACAUGCUCCUCGUACAGCUCGCUUCUCUCUCUCUCUCUCACACUCUCUCUCUCUCUCUCUCUCUCUCUCUCUCUCUCUCUCUCUCUCUCUCUCUCUCUCUCUCUCUCUCUCUCUCUCUCUCUCUGUUUCUUCAUAUCCCUCAUCUCCCCGGUUUUCACAAAAGCAAAGAAUGACCCAGGAUGCUGAAUGUUUUAUUUACUUACACACAGAAUAAAGGAAUAUAUUGAAAUAAGUCUUGAUUUCCAUCCUCUGAUGAUAAAAAACAGUCAUGCAUGUCUAAGAUGUUACGAGUCGCUGUCACCGUUUUUUGCCCCACUUAUGAUGAAACUCAUUGUAACCUGCAUCAGGUUGGGAGAAAAAAAAGCAAGAAAAAAGACAAUAAAAUAAUGUUUUCCAUCCUAGAUCCUUCUUUGCAUUAUUUUAGAAACGAGGCUCAUGAGGUUGCCAUGAACAUCGCUGUUUCCUGAGGCAUAUUGAGGCCUGACUAGCUUCCUAAAAAGCGCCCGGCAUUUCGACUGAAGUACGCGGUUUCGGUUCUAGAUAUUGAAAUAUUUCACCUCGUGUUCUAAUGUAGCUAACAGUCAGUGGAUGAUAAUAGCAUGAUUUACAUUUAGUCCUAAUUAAGUGACUCUGCAUUAAUCCAUGGUUGGCAAACCAUCGACAGCGUUUUUGACUGAACUAAUGCUCCAGGGCAACGUUUGGUCAGCAUCUGUCUUUGAGACCGAGUGGAGACCUCUGAAGGAGUAGUGAGGCUGUUUUAGAGCUGCUUCCACUCUUGAUUUUCAUUUCUUUCUUUUUUUUAAUUAGUUCUUCCCCACCUUCAGCCUUGUAACGUCACAACCACCAUCUUAUAAAUGCUGCAGAUCAAUAAUCUGUAACUAAUCAUAGAGGGCGUGAAGUGUACUGGAUCAGAUGGAAUGAAAGCAGACUGGGGGGAGGAAGGAAAAACAAAACAAGGAUAACGGCGUCAAACACAAAAUGGCGGCCUUUUCUGGACAGUCGGCUGUGUGGUCUUUACAUCCGUGCAAAUUCAUGUCACCCUGUCUGUGUAACCGCUCGCUCUCUGCUUUUUACGCUCCAUCUCCCCCCCCCAUCUUUCUUUUGUCUCAGAAUAUCACUCAGCUCCUUUGGAGAGAAAAAAAGAAAUCUUUCAUCCAUCAUAGCCAGCUUACCAACAGUGAUAUUUGACAAACUGACAGUUUCUUUUCCUCUGUUAUCUCUAUUCCAAAGGCUUCUGCAAAUGUUACAUUGCUUACAAACCAACAACCCAAAGGUCAUGACCCUGCACUGACCUCUAAGAAAGGAACGGGUGAAUGUGCCCCCUCA